UAUCACCUAAACUAGCGCAUUGCAUCCUGGGAGUGGACAAAAUGGCGACCAUGUUGCGAGGAAUUCGUGCGAUCUGUGGCGUAGCUUCAAGCCAAGUUUCUGUCCUAAAUGCAACGGCUACAAGAGCAUGUGCCACUGGCAUUUGUUCCAAGAAGUUUUUCCUGCCUUUAGACACCCAUCAAAGGCAUAACUUCUCUUCUUUUAGUGCUGUUACAAAGUCCACUCAGAAGAGAAUGCUGCUGCAGUGUGUGCGCAGUUAUGCAGACCUGCCAGAGUUGACCAUCAAGCAGAUCAAGGAGAGAGUGUUGCUUGUGCUCAACCUAUACGACAAAAUCAACCCUGAGAAGCUGAACUUGGAGGCCCAUUUCAUGAAUGACUUGGGGUUAGACAGCCUGGACCAAGUGGAGAUUGUAAUGGCGAUGGAGGAUGAGUUCGGAUUUGAGAUCCCAGAUUCUGAUGCAGAGAAGCUGAUGAAACCACAGGAUAUUUGUGACUACAUUGCAGACAGGCAGGAUGUGUAUGAAUAGCACCACAGAUUGCUGUUGUUGGAGUUGGUACCAGUAGUACAUGUGUGGAGAACAUGCAUCUCAAGAUUUAUAUCAACAUCAGUUCCAGACUUCAAAGUAGAUGACUUGAUGAUAUAAGCUUACUUAACAGAAGACAUUUCGAUGAAAAUACUGUGAUUCUCCAAGAUAGCAAUUCAGUAAACCCUUGUUACCUGGUGUUUGUUAUGGACCUGUUUACUUUCAAUCAAAUUAUCGAUGUCUGAAGGAACUGGUCUGUACAACAUUGUUCAUUUCAAGCACUUCCUGUUAGAGUAAAAUGAACCCUCUUUUCUGUGGAUACGUUUUGUCUGUGUAAGUCACUAUUAAACCUAGUGUUUGCGAUACAACUUA